UUCUAAGUUUAAAUAAAAGAGAUCGAUCGAAGCCUCUUUUGUUGUUUGGCGUAUUUGUUUCUCUUGCCGUUGGUGUACGUAUGUCCAACCAUCAGACUUUAGCAUCCAGCUUACUCAACCAUCUCUUGCAUAUCCCUGCUGCAGAAACAAUCAGAGCCAAGGAGUCCGGAAACAAGGACGAGGAAGACACGUAUCAAGCUCAACCAGAUAUUAGAAGAGGUAAGGAAGCACUCGCUUUGCAUGAUCAUCAAGAUCAUGGUUCAAGUGGUGCAAAGAAACAAGAACGUAACGCCAAUGAGCGUCUCAGGAGGAUGAGACUUCAUGCCUCUUACCUCACUCUCGGCACUCUUCUCCCUGAUCUUCCUUCUUCCUCCAAGAAGAAAUGGUGUGCACCGUCUAUAAUGGAUAGAGUGGUUACUUACAUUCCCAAGCUACGUAAUGAAGUUGAAGAGAUAACUCUCAGAAAGCAAAACCUUGUAGAAAAGAUGGAGACCAAAAGGUCCUCCUGGGAAUCAGAGCGACAAGUUCCUCACAUUCGAGCAAUCUCGGUUCUUGAAUUGGUGGGAUCAGGUCACGAGGCUGUUGUACAGAUAUCCAUGAAGAAGGAAAAGGAAGAUGAGUUCUCGAACUUGCUUCAUGUAAUUGAGGUGCAAGGUUUUAGUAUUUUAAGCGCUUCUACUUCUCAAGUGUGCCAACAUCAACGGGUGGUUUGCUACAACUUCCAUUGUAAGAUGGAUGAGAAGCCAUGUGAAGGUGAUGACUACAUCACAGUGUUGAAGAAGAACAUCAUUGCUUCACUCUCCUGACAACACAAAAUGCAAAUGAAAUUAAGUGAUAUGAAGAGAAUGAGUAAAAGAAUAGCUUGGACGACGCAUAUAUCGCAGUUUGCACUUCUUGCUUAUAUCAUGUUUGGUUUGGUGUUUGAAAUCUCGUAAAUCAUAUUCAGAUGUAGAAAGUUCUUGUUUUACCUCCCUAUACCAAAAUUCUUUCUUAGUGAUAUUUAGGACUUAGGACUGAUCCUAAGGUAUUUGUUUCCUAAAGCGGAACGUGAAAAUAAGAUACCACGAAAAAAAGGAAAAUACACCGCAAGGAAUUGGACCGAAUUUAAAACGAGAGGAAAGAAGUAAU